CAAUUCCUCCCCAAAAUGUCCUUUCCCAACAGCUCUCCUGCCGCCAACACCUUCCUAGUCGAUUCCUUGAUCAGUGCCUGCAGGAGCGAUAGCUUUUAUUCCAACGGCGCCAGCAUGUACAUGCCACCCAGCACAGACAUUGGCACGUACGGGAUGCAAACCUGUGGACUUCUACCGUCUCUGGCCAAAAGAGAAGUCAAUCAUCAAACUAUGGGCAUGAACGUGCAUCCCUACAUCCCUCCAGUAGACAAUUGGACCGACCCCAACAGGCCGUGCCGAAUAGAGCAACCUGUUACUCAGCAGGUGCCCACUUGUUCCUUUGCGACCAAUAUUAAGGAAGAAACCAACUGCUGCAUGUAUUCGGACAAGAGGGCCAAGUUGGCCUCCCCUUCCGACGUUCCUUCCUACCAGAGGUUAGUCUCUGACUCGUGUCCCAUUGAAAACCCCGAGGUCCCCGUCCCAGGGUAUUUCAGACUGAGCCAGACUUACGCCGGUGGAAAAGCCCAAGAGUACCAUAACAGCCCUGAAGCCAGCUCCACUCUCAUGCUGCAGUUAAACCCGCGCGGCGCUUCCAAACCGCAGGUCGCUUCGCAAGUUCCGAUGGAAAAGAAAAUGAAUGAAAACCCCAGCGCCAACGCCAGCGCCAACGCCCCCGGCCACAGUAACGGCGGCGGCGGCGGCCAUCAGCACCAACACCAGCCGGAGAACUCCGCCAAAGCCUCCUCCCAAGUGGAAAGUCCCGAGUCUAAGUCCGCGCUGCCGGACGAGCGGAGCUGCCUGGCCGAAGUCGCCGUCUCCAGCCCAGAAAGCCAAGAGAAAGAAAGCAAAGAGGAAGCCAAGUCUGAUACUCCAACCAGCAAUUGGUUAACGGCAAAGAGUGGCAGAAAGAAGAGGUGCCCUUACACUAAACACCAAACACUGGAAUUAGAGAAAGAAUUCUUGUUCAAUAUGUAUCUCACCCGAGAGCGCCGCCUAGAGAUCAGUAAGAGCGUAAACCUCACUGACAGGCAGGUCAAGAUCUGGUUCCAAAACCGCAGAAUGAAACUCAAGAAGAUGAGUAGGGAGAACCGAAUCCGAGAACUGACUGCUAAUCUGACUUUCUCUUAA